AUGGGGUUGUUCAUGGAAUCUUUUAAUAAAUCUAAUCAGCCAAAACAUUUUCUUGUUAUACCUCUAGUCAUCACCUUAGUUAUAGGUUUUGUUUCUAUGAUCACCAUCCGAAAAUUCUAUCUCACUAAACGGACAACCGUAAACACAAACUUGCAGACAAGAACUUACUCAUCUCCUCCUGUUGUUCCAGGAUUGCCGUUAAUAGGAAAUCUACUGCAGCUAAAAGAUAAGAUACUCCAGCAUGUUUUUGCAAACUGGGCAGAAAUCCACGGACCCAUUUACUCCAUCAAAGCAGGAGCUACUACUAUUGUGGUCCUCAAUAGCACUGAUGUCGCCAAAGAGGCAAUGGUGACUAAAUUCUCGUCCAUUUCAAAGCAAAAGCAUACGUACGCGAUGAAAAUACUUACACCUAACAGUAUCACAACAAGCGACUCCAAUGAAUAUCAUAAGAUGGCAAGACGACAUUUAGUCACACACAUGUUGGGAUCCAGUGCUCAGAGACGACAUCGUGCACACAGGGACAUCGUGAUAGAUAAUGUAGUGCAUCGCUUACACGCCCAUGCAAAUGAAAAUCCUCUUGAUCAAUUACCUGUAAACUUCAAGCGGAUACUCCAAACUGAAAUGUUUGGUCUAUCUUUGAAACAAGCAUUUGGAAAGGAUAUAGAGUCUUCGAAAUACAUUGAGGGGCUUGGGGAAACUUUGUCAAGAGAUGAGAUUCAUAGAGUUUUAGUGUUGGAUCCUCUGUCGGGAGCAGCUGAGAUGGAUUGGGGAGACUUUUUACCGUAUAUGAGAUGGGUUCCUAGUAAUAGUUUUAAAAUGCACAUAGGACGGAUUGAGACGCGCAGGCUAGAAGUGAUGAAAACUCUUAUUGAGGAGCAGCUGAUAAGGAUUUCUUCUGGAGAGGGAAUAAACUGUUUUCUGGAUCGGUUGCUGUCCGAAGGGAAAACUCUUACAAAGACACAACUGACUAAGUUGGUCUGGGAGACACUGGUGGGUUCCGAAACAACUGUAGCCACUGUGGAAUGGGCCCUGUAUGAACUUGCAAAAAAUCUAAAACAUCAAGAUCGCCUCUACCUUGAACUUCAGAAGGCAUGCGGAAACAACAAAUUUACAGAGGAGCAAUAUUCAGAGGUUACAUACUUAAGCGCCGUUUUUCAUGAAACACUGAGAAGGUAUCCCCCAUUUCCAUUAGUCCUUCCUCUGAGAUAUGUACAUGAAGAUACUCAACUAGGAGGGUAUGACAUUCUUGCUGGUUCUCAGAUUGCCCUCAACAUCUACGGUUGCAAUAUGGAUAAGAAACAAUGGGAUUCACCGGAAGAAUGGAACCCCGAGAGAUUUCUAGAUAUUAAGUAUGAUCCGAUGGAUAUUUACAAGACUAUGUCAUUUGGAGGAGGAAAGAGAGUUUGUCCAGGAUCUUCGCAAGGACUUUCGAUUGCUUGCACUGCGAUUGCUAGAUGUAUUCAAGAAUUUAAGUGGAGUUUAAAACCAGGAAGACGGGAAGAAGAUAUAAACCACACUACUCAAAAGCUCAAUCCUUUGGUGACAACCUUAACUCCAAGAGAUUAUUAA